AUGGAGGUCACAGGGCUCGAUAUGAGACUGAUGGUGAUGGCACUGUUUCUGCUCAUGGCUGAAGAUCAGAAAUGUUGCCAUGCUCAGAAAACAGAAGGAGUUUAUCUUCAUGUUCAUCCUAAUAGACUGCAGUUCUUUGAAUAUGACCACAUCUCAUUCAACUGCUCGGGGUUUGAUGGUCCAGCAGAAUGGAGAGUGAUCAAAAAGCUUGGCUUAAAUUCUACUCAGUGGGAAACAUCAACAAGAACCUUGUACAUUAAACCUGCCUUUAAGUCACACAGUGGAGAAUACUGGUGUGAAAAUGAAGACGGAGAGAAAAGCAGGAAUGUCAGCAUCACUGUCACUAGAGGAGAUGUGAUCCUGGAGAUUCCUGCUUUUCCUGUUAUGGAGGGAGAAAAUGUCACUUUAUGUUGUAGAAAAAAAGGAAUGCCUUCUAAUCUUCCAGCUGACUUUUAUAAAGAUGGCCACAACUUGGAAACUGGAUAUGCAGGAAAGAUAAUCAUUCCCAAUGUUUCCAAGUCUAAUGAAGGACUGUACAAGUGCAGCUUUUCUGAAUCUCAAGGCAAAUCACCAGAGAGCUGGCUGACUGUUAGGGUGGAUAUUGCUACCACCCCUCAAGAAACAAUACCUGGUGAAAAUGAAAGGAGUCCAGAAGAGACACCCAACUCCACUGAGCCCUCCAUCUUGUUGUCAGCGGUCUUCACCACUUUGGGUGUAGCUGUGCUUGUAGUUAUUGGAGUACUUUACCGUCAGAAACACAGAGCAUGUGCUUCCUCUGGGACAUCAGCACCAGGUGAAGUUUCAGAACAUCGGAGAGGAAAUGUAGCUGAUCCAGACAGUGUUACAUAUGCUACUGUCACAGCCAAACCAAAGAGGGAGAGAGUUUGUAAACAGACAAAUGAAUCAGAUCCAGACAAAACAACAUAUGCUACUGUUGCAAUUCAGAGGACAGACAGAGGUCAUUGACAUAAAAAAAGACAUCUCAAUACAGAAAAAUUUAAGACAUGAAUCUGAAGCUUUUUAUAUAUUUUAUUGUGGGGUUUUUUGGAUGCUUUACAAUGUCCUGCUUAAACAAUUUCUUUUGGCUAUGUUGCAGUGCUACAGAUUGUUACUGAUUGUAAAUCUAAGUCUUAUUAUUUCUUCAGACAUGUCAGAUAAAUAUAUAUUGAUGUUAAAAUUAAUUUAAAAUGUUAAAUUAAAAAAAGUAGAAAUAAAUCAUUAAAUAUAGGUUUUGAUAAAUGUUCUCAAAUACAGGAAAGUAGAGUUGCAACCUAAAAACUUAAAAAAAACAACCUGUGAUUUAAAAAUUAAAGGCAGUGGAUUAUUAUAGACUAACAGGUUAUACCAAAAUGUGCUAUUGCUGCUGUGAAGAUGCAGUGGGACAGAUACACUAUACUGCUAAACAUAUUCAGAUGAUUGAAUUCAAGUGUUCCAAUCACUUCACUGCCACAGGUGUAUAAAAUCAAGCACCUAGGCAUGCAGACUGCUCCUUUGAGAAAGAAUGGGUGCUUAUACCAAAGUAGAAGAGAUUGGGAACAACCCAUUUGCAGAGUGGGGUCAGCAGACUUUAUGCGGCUUUUAGAUAAGAUAAAGAACAAUGCAUAGAGAGCUUCAUGGAAUUGGAUUUCAUAGCCGAGCAGCUGCAUCCAAGCCAAGUACAAUGCAAACCAUUAGCUGCAGUGGUGUAUAGCAGAGCACCACUGGACUCUAGAGCAGUGGAGACAUGUUAAGGCCAGGAGAACCUUACUCGUCUGAUUGCAUUGUCCCAAGUUUGGUGUAGGAGAGGAAUUUUGGUGUGGGGGUGUGUUUCAGGAGUUGGGCUGAGCUCCUAAGUUACAGUGAAAGGAACUCUUAAUGCUUCCACAAACAAAGAUAUUUUUGACAAUUUCAUGCUGACUGGCCUGUACAGAGUCUUGACCUCAACCCGAAAGGACACUUUGGGGUUUGAAUUAGGGUGCAGACUGCUAGCCAGAUCUUUUUGUCCAUUUGUGUCUGACACCACAAAUGGACAAAAAGAUUUACUAUUCUGUAAGAAGACUAAAAAAAAACAAACAAAUCCAUAAACACACUCCUAAACCUGUGGAAAGCCUUCCCUGAAGAGCGGAGAUAGCUGCAUAGAAUGGGUCAACAUUAUUAGACACUAUGGAUUAAGAAUAGGAUGUCAAUCAAGUUCAUAUGUGUGUGAAAGCAGAUGAGUGCAUCCUUUUGGCAAUUUAUUACACACAUGACCUGCUAUAUAGGCUAUUAAAUAAAUAGUUAAUUUUUACAUAAAUUCAGGUUAUAAGCAUGUGUGAUAUGAAAUAUGUGAUAUGAAAAUUACUUAUGAUAGAACAAGUGUGAUCUUCAAAAAUAAACAUGUAGCAUUCAGAUCAUGUUGAUCAAUAAA